AUGAACAACUUCAAUGGCGGGGCUUACAACUACAACUACGGCUAUGGUCUCCAGAAUGCUCUCGCAGGGACCCUCUCGAACCCGUAUGCGACCCAGCAGAACGGCGGCCCUUCAACCGGAAACUUUCAGCAAGGCGUAUACUUUUCUUCCCACUAUGCGAAUGCAUACAACACCAUGAACGCUCAAGGACUUGGAUACACCAACUUGUCUUCAUCUUCUUCGCAUACCUCUCCCCAGCAUGCUCUACCAAGGCAAAGCACGCCCGCCUCUCAUGGCUCCUGGUACCGUCCAGGCUCCGACCGCUGCAGGCAGCCAGGCUGCUCGUUCACUGGCUCCGCGAAGAGUGUCGAGAUACACAUGAUGGAUCGUCACUUGAUAUAUCCCCCUGGACACAAGAAAGAGAAGGGCGGCUGGGAUGCUGAUCCUAGUCUCAAAGGGAAGAAAAUUACAAUCAUGGGCACGUCAGUCAAUCUCGAUGACCCAAAGGUGCUUGCCGAAUGGAUUGCUGAGCGCAAGCGGCGGUAUCCUACGGCAGACCGUGUUGCGGAGAAGAAGCGGCAGCGUGAAGAGGCUGCAGCGCGUGGCGAGAUUGGCUUCGAGGUCAACGUGAAGAAACAGCGCACAGACGGCGGGAACAUGAGGGGCACUGACCGCGGCAGAGGGCGCGGAAGAGGAAGAGGCAGGGGCAGAGGAGGGUUCUCUGCGCCUGCUCCUACCGUAUUCCACGCCCUACCUGCGAAACCUAGCACCCUUCCCCCUCCUGCAACUGCGAAGGCUGCAUCACCGGCGAAGGACUCAGAUGCGUCUUCAUCAGCAGAGGACUCGGAUGACGAUGACGCGCCAGAGGAGGCAUCGUCAAAGGUGCCAGCAGUGGAGGCACCCCUCCCUGACCCGCCACAAGAGAAACAACUUCCGCCCAAAUUCAAUCCUGCACCAGUGCGUCGGAAACCGGCCCCCCAGCCUAGAAAACCGCCUCCAAAUCCAUUCGAUGUCAGCAAACGCGGUUCACUGUUGCGCAAGCUAUUGGACAAGGAGGUCGCAGUUACAACAUCGAACCUUUCUCAAGCCAUCCGCUUCAUUGUGGACAACGACUUCUUCGACGGCGUUGAGUUAUCUCCCGGUGAGGAGGAAAAUCGGAAGAUCAAGGUGGUCGAGGACACGCAGACAGGUGCAUAG